AUGCCCUAAGAAAUUCACUUCUUCACAUUUAACUGUAAGAAUAGUUAUGAUUUUCAAUUAUAUUUCAAUAAUGAGAAGAGGUCAAAGACAAUGACAUUAGAUUUUCCUUGUUUAAAUUAGAAUAUAGCAUUGACCAGAUUUUCAAUAUGUGAGAAUGUUUUUGGUACAGCAUAAUGUGUAUUAAUAAUGAAUUAAUCAUCUACAAAGUAAAUGAAUAAAUAAUAAUUUAUGUAGAAUUAAAACUAUUUAAUCAGUAUAUGGAUAAUUCUAAAUGGAUUAUAAAUAAUUAAAAACAUUACCAGCCUGUUUAGAUAAAUACUUUGAGAGAAUUAUGUCAAUUUAUAUUCCUGACUUUACUGAUAGUAAUCAUAUAAUAGAUGUAAUGGGUAAUUGUAAUGCUACACUGUAAUCUAAAAGUGGAGCAGUUAUAGCAGAUAAAAAUAAGUUUCAUUUCUCUGGAGGAUUUAAAUUAUUUUAUGUGAUGUUACAUCUAAAUGGAACUCUAUAUAAAUAAAUCAAUUAAGCAUAACUUAAUUUAUCUACUAUGUUUGAAGUCAUCAAUUAUAUCUUAAAGAAUAAUCAUUAAUUAUAAGCAGAAGCUUUUAAUAGUUAAUUCUUUUUGACUAUUGCUUCUAUUACAAUGAGUUUUUGA